CAAAACGAGACACCAUCAAGGUAUUAUCAAGCAAGUUCACCUGUUUCGCCUUAUCCAAUCGGAAAAUGAUGACGACAAGUCGAUCCCACUUUUUUGCGCCGACGAAAUUUUUUGUACUCUCCGUGCUGGUGUUGGUUGCGGCAUUUUCACUCGCCGAUGCAUCGACACUAGCCAAGACCUAUGUAUCGAAGCAACCCGGGACACAGCCCCGUGGCACCGAGUACGUCGUAUCCAGCUUCUGCAGCGACGAAACCAACGACGAACCAGAAGAACCCGUGGCGUUCGUCGCAAAGAAACGCCAUACCUCUCCGCUAAAGGCUGCGUAUCAAUGGUACCUAAAAUCUUGUACCGAGACACCGUUUCGGGCGAAAGGCCUAACGUCGGCAACGAUUGCUGCACUCGGUGACGUGAUUGCACAGCUGAUAGAAAAAAAGGCCACGGCGAAGGCCUUGAAUGCGGCCCGCGUCGCGACCUUCUUUUUCGUCAACAUGCUUUUUACGGGUCCGUUCAUCCAUCUGUGGUACACCUUUCUGAAUACCGUCGGAAAGAAGAUGGACGAACGCUUCUACAACGUUUCCGCCCUCAAGAAGACCGUCACACAGGUCUUUCUGGACCAAACCCUGGGCACCGCCGUCUUUUUCCCGCUCUAUAUCUAUGUGUAUGGUGCUUUCGAGUCGGUGAUACAGAUGCACCGCCUUCCAAACUUGAGCCACGCCACCGAAAAAUGCCGAAACCACCUCUGGGGGAUCAUAAUGACCCAGUUUCGGGUCUUUCCAUUAUCAAACAUGAUCAACUUUGGGUUGGUUCCGUUCGAGCUCCGGGUCCUGUGGACGAGCACGGUUUCCUUGUUCUGGAACAUCUAUCUCUGCAGUGUCGUCGGUACGCGGUGAUUGGCUGGUUUGCUAACAUCCGUAGAUGAACGAUGUCUAUCACACAGGCCAAUUGGAAUAAAAUGUAUAAUUAAUC